UUCCUUUGAUAUGUGUCAGAUAGCAAGCAUGAAUUACUGAUAUGACUCAUUAACAUGGAUUAGAUGUGAUAUGUUUCUCACUACCACAUUUCGAUAAUCGUCAAAUGCCACUGCAGAAUUAGAAGCUGUAGGUGCUACAAGGGAUUUACAACAAUGAGUGAACAGAGAAGUAAAGUUAGAGGAGGACGAGGAUCUGGAAGUUCCGAUGACAAUGGACCUCGCAGUAACAGGUCAAUUCCACCGCUUAUGCAGAGAUCUCAUGCUGCUUAUCUGCACAACCAUACAUCUGGUGGUUUACCUGUGCAGAGAUAUCAUGCUGCUCAUCUACACAACCAAACAUCUGGUGGAUUACUUUCUCUACCCGGAGGGCCAGUGAUGAAUUACCCACAUCAGUCUCUAUAUCCCGGAACGUUUCAUAACCCGCAUCCAUAUUGGAAUCCAUAUGUUCCACCUGUGGCUUCUUAUAACCAGUACCAUCCAAAUCCGUCACAGAUAACACCGGAUUUACAGCAUAGAUUGGAGUCUCCCUCCGUGUAUAGUUACCAGUCUCUUCCCCAGACCGCAAGGUCAACCCCUGGAAACGCUACUUUAUCAGAGAGAGAGCCUGUGGAAUUUUUAUUGGAGCUACGACCAACAACAUCCUUCAACACAGAAAAGACAGCUUCAGCAUUAAUUUGCUUUACUGUUGCGGUAGAUGGGAUGAAAUUUGAGGGAUAUGGCAAGACAAAGACAGAAGCUCAACAUGAAGCAGCAACUGCAGCUCUUAAAGCCCUAUUCAAUAUUGUUUGUACUAAAGGACUGGAAACGACUGAGGCCGACUCAGACAAUGAGAGUAUUGCUAGUGAAAUAUCCCUUGUGGGGGAGAGUGCAGAUCAAAAGCUGAAGGAAGUAUCAAGAAGAGAUUCAAAUCUUAAUGAUGUUCGAGAUCAGCUGGAAAAAGAUGUGUUCUCUUUUCUUGUAAAAGAAUGUGGUGGAUGCACCAGUUUGAAAAGAUUUAAAGAGAUGUACAAUUCUCUACCUGAGGACUUUGAUGAGUGGUUAUUGAAGAAAAAGAAAAUACUAGCUGUGUAUAAGAAAGAAGGAAAACCUACGUAUAUUGCACCUUUCUUAAGAGAUGCAGAAACUUGUCUUCAUGAAUUAGGCCUUGGAAAUAGAAAAAGAUGUCAACGGAGAAAUUGCAAUUAUUUUCAUGUUUGCAUGUGGAACCUCAAUGGUAUGUGCAAACGUGGUGACAAAUGUACAUAUGGACAUACAUUCACCUCCGGUAACAACAAAGAAAUUAAAUGCAAACUGGGACUGAAUCGAUUUCGGGAUAAAGAAAUUCGCACAAUAUUAAAAUGCAGAUAUCCUCAAGUGUGCCCAGCAUCCCACUGUGAAGCGAACACUCCCGAGGAGUGUCCAUUUCUUCAUGUCUGUUACAACUAUAUUCGAGAUAAAUGUCAAAAUUCACCUUGCAGCAAAGGUCAUACUUUAGAUGAUCCUCACAACAAAUGGGUUUUAUCUGUUUAUGGAAUGUCACGAUGGCCUAGACAACAACUUGCUCGCUUAAAAGCUGUGAUUUCCAUUCACCGUGGACCAAAGAGAAACACAAAUGAAGAAGAUACAUCAUUGGAAGUUGAUAAUCACGAAAAAGCUUCAGAUUCCCUCAGCUCGUCAGAAAAUUAUUUAGCAGAAGGAGGUGAUAAUCCUAUUGAUGAGAGGGUGAAAAAUUAUGAAAUAGAGCAAAAUAAAGGAGAAAGCAAAAAUGAAAGAUCGGAGGAAGUAUACAAGACCAAGCUUGAAAGACGAAAUCGAUGGGAUAAGCCAGUUGAAGACACUGAAUUCAUGGCUGCUGUUACAACUAAAAAUAAUCCAAAGAAAAAACCCCCGUCGACGUCACAAAGUCGGGGAAUGAAAGAUAUACCAAAAAUUUGUUUGGCGUUGAACAAAUCCAGUGGACCAUGUCCUGAAAAGUGUAGCAGGUAUCAUACGGAACUCCCCUAUGAGUGGCAGAUAAAGAUAUACGGAGAAUGGGUCUGUUUUACAAGCAAUGAAAACCAAAAAAUAGAAAAGCAAUAUUGCCAACUAUCUGAUACAGUCGAAAGCGAGACAAAGCAUGAUGGUAGAGAUUACAAGAUUCGACUUAAUUUUCCGGAUAAUUAUGGACUUUUCAUCGAAAUUGACGGCGAGCCUUUUAGUGGUCCUGACCGCCACAUCAUCAGACGUCUUUCCACAAAGUCAUUUGCUGAUAGUUUGGAAAUAGCUUCUUCUGGUUCUUUUCACACGCAGUGGAGGUGGUACUAUAAAGACAAAGCGGAUGUCUGGAUUCCAUAUGAAGGGGAUGAUUUUCAGUCCACUUUGGAGUUAAAAUAUCUGAAAGGACAGAAGACGUAUGUAUUUACCAGACUGAAUCAUGGAUUAAAGUAUCGAAUAAGUUUCUCUGAGAUGCAGGAAACCAACUUAGAUACACAAGAAGCUCAAGCUAUACGUAGACGUCCAUUGUUUAUUUCAUUUUCCGAUGUGCGUGCCAAGAAUUAUUUGAAUUCUGUGAGGGUUACCAUUCUUCAUCCAGUACCUCCUGGUUGGUGUCUAUGGGAUCUCGCUCAUGAUUUCGAACAAGUGGAACUGGAACAAAUUACAGAAGAGUUUAAGAAGAUUGAGAAAGAUUUUUUCACAUCGAUGAACGACAAAUUCUUCGGAAUAGAGAACAUAUAUCGUAUACAGAACAAAACCCUUUGGAAUGAGUAUAAAAUGAAAAAAGAAAUUAUGGAUAUCGACAUGAAGAAGAUCGGAUCAAGAAUCGAAGAAAGACAUUUGUUCCACGGGACAGGCUCCAUGAAUACCUGUUAUGGAAUAUGUACCAACAACUUCGAUUUUCGAUUAAGCGGUAAAAAUUCUACAGCAUAUGGGAAAGGGUCUUAUUUUGCCGUGAGUGCCAAAUACAGCAACGACUACACAGUGGGGCCACGUCGACUUAUGUUUCAGGCCAAGGUGUUGGUGGGUCGUUACACGAAGGGUGAUGAAAGUAUGACCUGCCCGCCCACCAUCCCAAACGAGGGUCACAGGCGGUAUGACUCGUGUGUUGAUAACGUACAGAAUCCAAGCAUAUUUGUCGUGUUUGAUAGAAAUCAAAGUUACCCAGCAUAUUUAAUUGUCUUCAAAGAGAAAUCAGGACUCUGUGACUUUUUUCAUGAUUCGAAACCUUUUGCGGAAACCCGAUGUAUAUUAACAUAAAUUUUACAGUACUUGUUUCAUAUUUAAACAAUAUUUAGAAGCGGCGGAAUGAUCAGAAGAAUGACAAUACUGGAUAGAGGUCCUCAUUGCAUUCAUGAUACGAGUAUUUAUUUUAAGUAAUAGCGUGUUAACUUUAGCUCAUUGUUUUAAGUAGUAGAGUGUUAGCUUUAGUUCAUUAUUUUAAGUAACAGCAUGUUAACUUUAGUUCAUUGUUUUAAGUAACAGCAUGUUAGCUUUAGCUCAUUGUUUUAAGUAACAGCAUGUUAACUUUAGCUCAUUGUUUUAAGUAACAGCAUGUUAACUUUAGUUCAUUAUUAUAAGUAAUAGCGUGUUAACUUUAGUUCAUUAUUUUAAGUAGUAACGUGUUAACUUUAGUUCAUUAUUAUAAGUAACAGCAUGUUAACUUUAGUUCAUUAUUAUAAGUAACAGCAUGUUAACUUUAGCUCAUUGUUUUAAGUAACAGCAUGUUAACUUUAGCUCAUUGUUUUAAGUAACAGCAUGUUAACUUUAGCUCAUUGUUUUAAGUAGUAGAGUGUUAGCUUUAGUUCAUUAUUUUAAGUAACAGCAUGCUAACUUUAGCUCAUUGUUUUAAGUAACAGCAUGUUAGCUUUAGUUCAUUGUUUUAAGUAAUAGCGUGUUAACUUUAGCUCAUUGUUUUAAGUAGUAACGUGUUAACUUUAGUUCAUUAUUAUAAGUAACAGCAUGUUAACUUUAGUUCAUUGUUUUAAGGAAUAACAUGUUAACUUCAGUUCAUUGUUUUAAGUAACAGCAUGUUAACUUUAGCUCAUUGUUUUAAGUAGUAACGUGUUAACUUUAGUUCAUUGUUUUAAGUAACAGCAUGUUAACUUUAGCUCAUUGUUUUAAGUAGUAGCGUGUUAACUUUAGUUCAUUGUUUUAAGUAACAGCAUGUUAACUUUAGCUCAUUGUUUUAAGUAGUAGAGUGUUAACUUUAGUUCAUUGUUUUAAGUAACAGCAUGUUAACUUUAGCUCAUUGUUUUAAGUAACAGCAUGUUAACUUUAGCUCAUUGUUUUAAGUAACAGCAUGUUAACUUUAGUUCAUUAUCUUGACACUCGGUAGAGUACAUCAAGAAAUGAAUGUCUGAAAUCAAAGUAUCGAAAAUGAGUAAUACCUCUCAUCAAUAUCACAUGCUAUGAUAUCCCCUCGUAGUCUGUGUGUUACACCUGUGUUAAAAGCACCAUCAUCGAUUGAUAUUUUGUAUUAGUCACUUUUGUAUAUAAGUAUGUUCUGUACAGCUUCACGCAACUGAUUCGAACCACAGAGCAAUCAUAUAUCAAAACUUUAAAACAACUAUAUUCCCACAUACCCCUUCCCCAAAUACAGAGAGGAAAGUGAAAAAAAAACCUAAAUUCACACAUACAACUUCCCCAAAUACAGAGAGGAAAGUGAAAAAAAAAACUAAAUUCACAUAUACAACUUCCCCAAAUACAGAGAGGAAAGUGAGAAAAAAAAACUAAAUUCAUACAUACAACUUCCCCAGAUACAGAGAGGAAAGUGGGAAAAAACUAAAUUCACACAUACAACUUCCCCAAAUACAGAGAGGACAGUGAAAAAAAACUAAAUUCACACAUACAACUUCCCCAAAUACAGAGAGGAAAGUGAAAAAAAAAACAACCUAAAUUCACACAUACAACUUCCCCAAAUACAGAGAGGAAAGUGAAAAAAAAAAAACUAAAUUCACACAUGCAACUUCCCGAAAUACAGAGAGGAAAGUGAAAAAUAAGCUUCAGUUUCAAUACAAAGAGUAUAUAGUUUAUAACGAUUUAGAUUUGAUGUCUUUCUAAUAUUGUGCAUAGGGAUAUUUUGAAAUGACCGCGUUAAAGAUAAGAUAAAAAUGAAGUGUGGUAUGGAUGCGCUAACCGAUAGAACUCACUGGAGGGUAAUAAUGAAGUUUAUUAUAACUCACUGGAGGGUAUUAAUUAAGUUUAUUAUAACUCACUGGAGGGUAUUAAUUAAGUUUAUUAUAACUCACUGGAGGGUAUUAAUGAAUUUUAUUAUAACUCACUGGAGGGUAAUAAUUAAGUUUAUUAUAACUCACUGGAGGGUAAUAAUGAAGUUUAUUAUAACUCACUGGAGGGUAAUAAUUAAGUUUAUUAUAACUCACUGGAGGGUAAUAAUUAAGUUUAUUAUAACUCACUGGAGGGUAAUAAUUAAGUUUAUUAUAACUCACUGGAGGGUAUUAAUGAAUAUUAUGUAUUUUUAAAUGCAUAAUUGAGACUAAUUAACAUUUAGUUUCUAAUUAAUCACCGUAACAACGGAUGCAGUGCGAAAUCCAUAUUGUCUAUGCGAAUAAUAAAUCAUAUCAUGAAAACUUCUCACUAUAAAUGAUUGUGUACAUCAUCAGUAUUUAUACAGUCAGUACUGAUAAACUUCUCACUAUAAAUGAUUGUGUACAUCAUCAGUAUUUAUACAGUCAGUACUGAUAAACUUCUCACUAUAUAUCAUUGUGUACAUCAUCAGUAUUUAUACAGUCAGUACUGAUAAACUUCUCACUAUAAAUGAUUGUGUACAUCAUCAGUAUUUAUACAGUCAGUACUGAUAAACUUCUCACUAUAUAUCAUUGUGUACAUCAUCAGUAUUUAUACAGUCAGUACUGAUAAACUUCUCACUAUAUAUCAUUACUAGACGAAACACGGAAAUCACCAUUAAAUACUAGUAAUAUUGCAGAGAGGAAGGACUUUUUCAAUGCGCGUUUGAAUUGUUGCGCACAUGAAUUGAAUGCACGAUAUCUUUUAUUCAAAUGAAUUUAAGAACAAUUGUGUGCAUUAGUUAUGUUAUAUUUAUUGAUAUCACAUACAGUAAACUUGAUUACAUGUAUUAGGGAGUCA